AUGUUGAUUGCACUUAAGUUUGCGAGACUUACUCGGAGAAGGGUGCUUACGUGGACUCGCGGUUAUUCAAGAAACAAUGUUGUCGGUUAUACGAAUAAAUCGAGCAAGCUUUCCGACAAAAUAGCUAAUAAAUUUCUUCUGCUGCAGACGGACGUGUUACAGAACACAAUGAUUAGUUUAUUGGAAAAAAAGGAUAAAGAAUUUCUGAGUUUUGUAGAAAGAAAGGAUAAAGAAUUUCUGAGUUUAAUGGAAAGCAAUAAGAAAGAACUUUUGAGUUUAACGGAAAGCAAUAAGAAAGAGCUUUUGAGUUUAAAGGAAAGCAAUGAGGAAAAGCUUUUGAGUUUAAAGGAAAGCAAUGAGGAAAAGCUUUUGAGUUUAAAGGAAAGCAAUGAGGAAAAGCUUUUGAGUUUAACGGAAAACAAAAAUCAAGAAUUGAAUAAGGCUAACAAUUUAGCAGAAAACAGAGCACAAAGUCUAUUGCAAACGAAGCAUAUGGUUAACGUAAGGGGUGCCUUGGAAUUUGUUCGCGCGCAGAUUUUGUCAAAAGAUAAGUCGAUCGUCUUUACAGAACCCGUAGAUAAUGCUCUGAAGCGCUUAUCUCAAGAUGAAGAUUUCAUCAAAAUUUUAAAGAAAGCGUGUGAAGAUAAUGAUCUUCGGUACGACGACGUUCAGCAUUGUAUUAGGGGCCUCUACCAUUCUGCGUCAAAACACUUCCAUGGACAUGAACCGCAGAUUGUGAUUGAUUCGCGAACUUGGUCGUCUAAUGAAGUAUUUGUGCUUGGCAUUAUUUUUCACCAUUUCAAAAUUCCAUUUGAUUAUUGUAAUGGAGAUG